AUGCCUUCACAAGACGGUCAACCGAUAUCCUUGGAAGAAGAGUACAAAAAGAAGACGGGGAUCAGUCCAGAAGAUAUAAAGAAGUUGCGUAGUUGGAUGCAGACGCAACCACAUCUACCAGAGAAAUAUAUUACAGAUUUAGAUUUGAUCCUGGCUUUCCAUUCAUGCGACUGCAGUUCAGGCUUAACGAAGCAAGUUUUGGACACACAUUACACUUUGAGGACCUUGUUCCCGUGCUUCAAGGACCGCAAGGUAGAUCAAGUCAUAGAAACCAUUGAGACAGUGGCGUUGUUUAUGAUAACAGAUAUUUACCAGUACGAAGAAGGAACGUGGCCUGGUUUUCUAUUUGUCGUUGACUUUGAAGGGAUCUCUUUAGGUCAUUUAAGCAAGAUAGACUUGCAAAGUCUACAGCAUGUACUAUAUUUUCUUCAGGAGGCUAUGCUGGUUAAAUUAAAAGGUAUGCACUUCAUCAACGCACCGUCCUUCAUUGAUAAACUUUUAUUGAUGAUGAGGCCGUUCUUGAAGAAGGAACUCAUGGAUAUGUUACACAUACAUACAACAGGAUCUACCAAAUUACAAAAUUAUAUUGACAUAGAAGCCCUGCCAAAGGAAGCUGGUGGCUCGUAUAAAAGCAUUCAAGAAUGUAAAGAUGACGUCAUAGCUAAGUUGAAGAAACAUGCAGAUUUUUUCGAAACAGAAAAAUACAAACGGGUAACGGAAUCUUUGAGACCUGGAAGACCUAAAACGAUAACAGACAUCUUCGGAGGAGUUGAAGGAUCCUUCAAGAAGCUGGAAAUAGAUUGA